AUGACCCGCACGGACCCACCGGACCUGCUGGUGUCGACCGUGUACCAGGACAUCAAGGUGGCGGCCCCGGGGCCAGCGUCCAGGCGCCAGCCAUGUGAGCAAUCCGUGGCCCGGCCUGCUGCGCCCGCGCCUUUCAACAAGCGCCACUGCCGCAGCUUCGAUUUCCUGGAGGCACUGGACGGGCCGGCCAUGGAGGCCCACCCAGAGCCUCCACCCCAGGAGCCCGCUGCUCCGCGCGCGCGGCCCCGAGAAGGCGAACCUCGGCGCCGCGCCCGCUCCAAGAGCGCGCCCCGCGCGCCCCCGGGCCUGGCACCUGCGCCCACCUCGCCGCCGGUGCUGCAGCGCCGAGGCCGGGAGACUCAGCGUGCGAUGCGGGUAGAGGGGUCGCCUCGCCGGGAGCCUGCGUACCCCGCGCUGCGCGCGCUCGCCAACGAACUGCACCCUAUUAAGCUGCAGCCACAACGGAGCGGCCCUGGCCGCAUCACGCCCCUGUGUGCCGCCCCUGGCCGCUGUGCGCCACCAGAGCCCCCCACGGGGCCCGCCCCCCAUGUCCGAUGCCGACUGGACAUCAAGCCAGAUGACGCUGUGCUGCAGCACGCCGCCCGGGGUUCGCGGCCCUGUGGGCCCGUAGACAACACGUCCUGGGCCCGUGCAGCCCCGCAGUUCCACGGCCUUACGGUCCCUGGUCCCCGCCACGUGGCGCUCUCCCGUACCCCCACCCCCAGUGACUUGUACUGUGCGGACCCCCGGGCGCUGUACUGCGACGGGCCCCUGCCUGGGCCUCGGGACUACUCUGAGCGCCGCAGUCAGCCCUUCAGCACACCUCCAGGCCCUACACAAUUCUUCUACACCGAGGAGCCCGAGGGCUAUGCAGGAGGAUUUCCGGCCAGCCCUGGUCCUCCCUUCGAUGGCUACUGCCCUAGGCCCUACCCAUCCGAAGAGACCCGGGGUCCCAGUCCGAGGCGUGGGGGCGGCUACUAUGGAGGGGAAGUGCGCACUUUCCCGAUCCAGGAACCGCCCUCCCGCUCCUACUACGGGGAGGUCCCCAGGGCCUAUGGACUGCCCUUUGGUCCCCGCUACGUUCCUGAGGAUCCUCGGGCCCACACCUUCUACACAGAGGACUUCGGGAGGUACCGCGAGCGUGACGCCCUAGCUCGGACUUACCCGCACUCACGCAACAGCUCAGCCUGGGCCGACUGGGGACCCCGGCCUUACCGCACCUUGCAGGUAGUGCCUCCCUCCGUCCCCGGCCCGCUGCUGGCCUCAUGGCAUGGCGGCACCGGCACCAGCCCGCCCCGGCUGGCCACAGACAGCCGCCACUACUCACGCUCAUGGGACAACAUCCUGGCGCCAGGGCCUCGCCGGGAGGACCCCCUAGGCCGGGGCCGCAGCUAUGAGAAUCUGCUAGGGCGGGAGGUGCGGGAGCCGCGGGGCGCAUCCCCCGAAGGCCGGCGCGCGCCAGUAAUAGUGAACUUGUCCACCUCACCCAGACGCUACGCGGCGCUCUCGCUGUCUGAGACCUCGCUGUCCGAAAAGGGCCGUGCGGGGGAAGGCCUGAGCCGUAACUGGUAUGUCACUCCAGAGAUUACCAUCACCGACAACGACCUGCGCGCCGCCGAACGCCCGACUGUCAGGGGCUGGGAGCUGCCGGGAGGCCGGCCGCGUCUGCCCUCAUCGGUGGCUCCCAUGGGCCCCACCUCUGGCCGCCAGCGCAGCCUAGAGCAGCUAGACGAGCUCAUUACCGAUCUGGUCAUCGACUCCAGACCACCGGCCGGCCAAGCCCCAGAGCCGGCGGCAGAGGGGCUGGGCCGCCAGCUGCGCCGCAGCGCGCUGGACUCACGGCCCACGGGCCCUGGAGCCCCGGCGCUGGCGCCUCCGCGUUCGCCCCCUGCCUCUGCUGGCAGCGUCGAGGAGCCUGCAGGCCCGGGCGAGGCAGCCAACGGGUCUCCAGAACCCAGUGCGGACGAGGACGAUCUGAUGACCUGCUCCAAUGCGCGCUGCCGGCGCACGGAAACCAUGUUCAACGCCUGCCUCUACUUCAAGUCCUGCCACAGCUGCUACACUUACUACUGUUCACGCCUGUGCCGCCGCGAGGACUGGGACGCACACAAGGCGCGCUGCCUGUACGGCCGCGUAGGCAGCGUGUGCCGCCACGUGCUUCAGUUCUGCCGUGACAGCGGCCCCGUGCAUCGCGCUUUCUCGCGCAUCGCUCGUGUCGGCUUCCUGUCCCGCGGCCGCGGCGUGCUCUUCCUGGGCUUCCCAAGUCCUGGUUCGGCCGACAACUUCCUGCGCUUCGGUCUCGAAGGGCUGCUGUUGUCGCCCACUUACCUGUCCCUGCGUGAGCUGGCUACACACGCAGCGCCCCUGGGCAGCUAUGCGCGAGAGCUGGCGGCCGCAGGGCGGCUCUAUGAGCCGGCUGAGUGCUUCCUACUCAGUGUGUCGGUGGCGGUAGGUCCGGGCACCGCGCCCUCCGGGGCGCCCGCUCGGCCGGCGCCCGCGCCUCGCAGCACUGGGCCCACUGUGCGCAAGUUCGCCAAGGUAGCACUGGCUGCAGGCAGUCCGGCGCGGCCGCCCCCCGUGCGGGGCCGUGAGCCUGACAUGGAAACAUUGAUUUUGACCCCGCCGCCAGGCACGGCGGGCCUGGACCAGGAGGGCGAGGCGGGCCGGCGGGCUAGAGAGGUGGCCUUCAUCCACAUCCAAAGGGAGCUGCGGCUGCGCGGUGUAUUCCUGCGCCACGAGUUCCCGCGCGUUUAUGAGCAGCUCUGUGAGUUCGUGGAGGCCAACCGACGUUUCACGCCCACCACCAUCUACCCCACAGACCGGCGCACCGGCCGCCCCUUCAUGUGCAUGAUCAUGGCUGCUUCUGAGCCACGCGCGCUGGACUGGGUGGCCAGCGCCAAUCUGCUGGACGAUAUCAUGUGA